AUUUCACUGAUAACGAAGAUGGAGUUUUGCUAGCUCCAUUUCUUCUUAUGGCCACUGAUCCUGUUAUCCUACCAACCUUUCAAUACCUUCACUUGCCAGUUCUGGAUGUGAAUGUGGAACCUCACGUUCUUGUUCAUGGGAUGAAAUCCUUCGAGUACGCUGCAACCGAUGCUAGAUUUGACAAGCUGUUCAAUAAAGCCAUGCAUGAUCACACACACAUAGAAAUGUCAGCAUUACUGAAGAAGUACAGAAGCUUUGAGACCUUGACCUCAUUAGUCGAUGUCGGCGGUGGGUUGGGUGCUACAUUGGCCAUGAUUCUGUCCAAGUAUCCGAAUUUACGUGGAAUCAAUUUCGACCAACCACAUGUUGUAGCCGACGGGCUGCAAGUGCCAAAUUUGGAACACGUUGGUAGAGACUUCUUUGCCAGUGUGCCUGAAGCCGAUGCUGUAUUCAUGAAGUGGAUUCUGCAUGAUUGGGAUGACGAAAAAUGUGUCAAGAUACUGAAAAUCGUAUGGAGAGCUUUACCUCCUCAUGGCAAGGUCAUCAACCUCGACUACGUGUUGUCAGACAACUCGGAUCCAUCCCCUGCAACCAAGAUCUCCUUAUGCACAGAUAUUUCAAUGAUGGCAGUCAACUCAAAUGGGAGGGAACGUACACUGGCCCAGUUCAAGAUGCUUGCAGCUGAUGCGGGAUUCAAAAGAAUUGAAUGUGUUGCACAAAUAGAUGAUCUGUCACUUCUGGAGUUUUACAAGAAUUGAUUAUCGCUAUUUGAAUCCGUACUUUAUUCAUUAUAAACAUUUUCUUACCCAUAGACCAACUUUGUGCUAUUCCUGAUAUGGACUUUUCCCACUUGUAAAAGCUGACACUGUAAACUUCCUUAGUUCUAAUUAUUGCAAGCACAGCUGGUAGCAAGUUAAGAGACCUCGUAUUGAGGUCUCGGGUAGCGACUCUGAUCUUUAGUCAGAAAGGUACUCAUCCCCCUAGCAAUGUGGCUGUUGUCAUCAGUUUAGCUAUCAAUAAAAUACAACUUAGACUCCUGGAGUUGUCUCUUACGUUCCUGCACAUCAUAUGUCGAUAGCCUUGGUUUCAAAUCUGACACAAUAACCAACUUUCAAAGAAGGCUUCCAUGG